CGGACUUUCUACGGAACCAGCAACUUUCUCCGUCUCGAACUUUUGCGCAUCAACAACAUUUUUCUGGUCCGCCAUUACGGAGUAUCUCAGCCACUUUUACGCUUGACUCUUAACAGUAGCUCAGUCUGAUACUUCGAAACCUUUGCUUCCUGCUUGAUCCGCGACAAUGUCAUCAAUGCGCAACGCCGUCGCGCGGCGGCCGCACCGCGAACGAGCCCAGCCUGCGUCGCGCGAGAAAUGGGGCAUCCUUGAAAAACAUAAGGACUAUUCGCUACGAGCGAAGGACUACAACGUCAAGAAGAAGAAACUUGCACAACUGUCUCAGAAAGCACGAGAGAAGAACCCGGAUGAGUUCGCCUUUGGCAUGCUGAGCCAGGGCAAGGCCGGCUUGGGGAAACACAAGCCUUCGACGAAAGAUGGCGUCCCGACAGGCCCUUUGAGUCACGACGCGGUGAAGUUGUUGAAAACGCAGGAUGCGGGAUAUCUGAGGACGGUUGCGGCGAAGGGUAGAAAAGAGAUCGAGAGAGUCAAGCAAGAGGUGGGCUUGGACUCAGUCACACUGAGUGCGAAGGCUGGGUCGCACAAGAGGUUUGCAGACCAGGACACUGGGUUGAACAGAAGCAAGAAGCGAAUGGCGAGUGGCGAAGUCUUGGAGAGUGCGUACGACAUUGCGGCAAGUACUAUGGCGGAGGUGGCGGCGACGGAGGCCGUGCUGAUACAAGAGCUGGGAGACCAAGAGAACGAGCCAGACAUGGAGAAGCCGAAGCCAAAGUCCAAGAAAGCGCUUCUGGCGGAGCAGGAUGCAUCAGCCCGUCUACGUACGGAGCGCAAGAAGAGGAAGCGGUUACAAGAGAUGAGAGUUGCAAAGCUGGAAGCAUUAAAGAAACGACAGCGGGAGAUACUGGCAGCGGCCGACCAAUUGGAGCUCCAACGUGCAAAGAUGGCGAGAACGGUCGGAGGGGUCAACAAGAACGGCGUCAAGUUCAAGAUUCGAGAGCGGAAGAAGUAAGGCAGCAAGACCACAGAACUAGCAAUGAGCCAGGAUUGACGACUCUCUUUGAAUGUUCCAAAGGGUCUAUUCUUCCGCAACGGCUCGACCGCGCCCCAUCUCCGACAUGAAGGGUUUCCCAACUCACUGCCAAAGUUCACACGCCAGCAGAGACAGCUUUGAGAAUGACUUUGCUGAAAUCGGGCUCCUUGCCUAGUAGGAAUCCCAUCCCCUCGACUUGUUCUUUUCGAAAUUUCUCGCUGGCCUUCAAGAACGGGAAGAAGCCCCAGUGACCAUGGGGCAAGCCUGGAUACAGGUUCAUCUUGGUUUCAAUCCCGUUGUCUUCCCGAAGGACUCGUUCAAAGAUGAUUGCCUCAUCUCUCAGCGGGUCCAUCCCAUCGAUUUGGAAGAAAGUGGGAGGCAAGUUUGCAUGGCCCUUGGGGUGAUUAAAUACAGCAUACCAGACUCCAUCGUCAUUGUCGGGUUGGUAGCCUUGCAUAAACAUGUCAAUCGCUGCCUUGGGAAGGACGGGUGCAUUCUUGUUCUGCUCGUACGACAGGAAGUAUUUCUUAUACCGCUCUGGUACUUUGGUGUCCGGCAAAACGGCUGGAAUGGCCAAGUAUUGACCAGUCAACGGCGGUGACAGACCCUCAUCUCGGGCGACAUGGGCCAGGACAGCCGUGAUGUUUCCGCCGGCAGAUGUCCCCCCAAUGACGAAUCCAACAGAGGGAUCAGCACCCCAGGAUUUGGCGUUUUCAGCUGCCCACUUCAAGCAGUCCCAAGCAUCCUUGGGAGCAUAUGGGAAUUUGAAUUCAGGUGCUAGGCGAUAGGUAGCUGAAAGGCAAACGGCGCCAAAAGCCUGGACGAAAUUUCGACAGCUCUGCUCCUCGCCUUCAGGAGCUCCGAUGCAGAAGCCGCCACCAUGAUACAUGACAAUUAGCGGACUGCCUUCCUUAGGUGGGUUAGUAGGCUGGUAUAGCUUUGCACGGAUCUUGGAGCCAUCGCUCGUCGGGUACUGGACUUCGGUCUGCUUGACUUCUGGCGGAGGUUGGCCUAAGGCUUCGAUUGCUGCGGCAUUGCGCUUGUCGACCAUGGCUUUGAAAUCGUCCAGAUUGUCAUAGUUGAUAGGAGGUAAAUUGGCCUUCUCGAGGAACUGGAGGGAAUGUCAGAUUUGACAUUGACCAAGAACAACGCGAGGAAUUACAUCUUUGAGCUCCGGGUCUAUCUCCCCAAGGGCAAGAAGGGACUUUUCGUCGAGAUAGGACGACAUCAUGGACAGCGUCUACGCAGAGUGUGCCGAAUCUCCCAGGAGAUCAAGCGGUAAUGCCUGGAUCUGAUUGUUGAACAAAUUACGGAGUAUGACGGCCUUUUAUACCCUUGGGACUGGUAAGCAGAGUGGAUUGAGUUCUAUUCUGUGCCAAAGACAAAAGUGCCGCAUCAGACGGCCUGACGGUACGUGUCCUUCAUGCACCACCUCCAUCUCUACUACUUGUGGGUGACUGUGGGGUUCAGCGAACUGGCCCUUUGGAUUCGGUAGCAACAAUUACUCCGGAGUCGGGACAUCUGCUCAAAGGCAUAUCUGCAGAAAAUGAAAGCUGAAGGUCGCUACUGUCAGACAGGAAUUUUCCCUUUUACCCGCGGGUUCUAGGUGAGGUUUGGAACCUCGGCAACUGGCGAGCUGGUAGAUGUUUCGGUUCGAAUUGAGAGAUACGACGUGUGGACGUGUGGACGUGUGGACGUGCUCUAUUCAGAAGAUGGUUAAAACGGACAUGACAAUGGCCUUGCAAAGGAUGACGACUUUCGCCAACUCAUUGCCAGCGUCCAAGCAUUGGGCUGGCCUUGGUCGCCGUCAGCACCGAUAGAAGAAUCCUUGCCACUUUGUUAUUGCUCCUGAACCACCCACCUUCUUCUCCAUACUGGGUAGUACGAGCAUUCCCUUCCGGC